GUUGCUGUGGAUCUGUGGGUGUGUGGUUGUGCGUCAGAGGGAGGUGUGUUGUGGUACAUUAAGCUGUGGGGAGAUGUGGACAGUCAGUCUGGCUCUUUUGAAGUUGGGGCCACAUUACACCGGCUUCUCCUGAGUUAUGCUCUUCUUCAAAGCUCAAAUACAGAUCCAACUAUGAGCCCACACAGGGAGACACCUAAAAAAUGACAGAACGACAGAUGGCUUCUACUGAAAGGAGCCUACGUAUCCAGGCUGACGACGACCUGAAGUCUAUGUUUGUUGGCACAGUGAUGAGAAAAAUCAAGUCUCGCACGUGGAAAAAGCAGCGUUAUUUCCGGCUACAAGAAGAUUGCAUGACUAUCUGGUACAAGAGCAAGAAAGCAGGAAAUGCACACUCCACCUUUUCUGUGGGCGAUGUGGAGGCUGUGCGGGAAGGGCACCAAUCUGAGGUCCUGCUCAGCAUUGCUGACGAGUUCCCGCCUGACCGCUGCUUCACCCUUGUGUUCCGUGGUCGACGAGGCAACUUGGACCUAGUGGCCGAAUCAGCAGGGGAAGCGCAAUCAUGGAUUAAAGGGAUACGUAAACUCAUCGAUAACCUGGAGAACAUGGGGCAGAGAGAGAAACUAGACCAAUGGAUCUGUGAUUGGUUUAAAAGGGCAGACAAAAACAGAGAUGGGCAGAUGAACUUUAAGGAGGUCCGCAAUCUGUUAAAGAUGAUGAAUGUGGACAUGAAUGAGCAUCAUGCUCUUCGUCUCUUUACGAUGGCAGACAAGUCUCAAUCAGGAACUCUUGAAGAUGAUGAGUUUGUGCUGUUCUAUAAGAUGUUGACUCAGCGUGAGGACGUCCUGCGAGUGUUUCAGGAAUAUUCGGGUGAUGGGCAGAAGCUAACGCUCCAAGAUCUGAAAGAUUUCCUACGGGAGGAGCAGCUACACGAGGACGGAGUUCAGCAGUAUGCGCUAAAGCUCAUUGAACGCUAUGAACCUUCAGACACGGCAAAAAUGUUGCAAGCAAUGACGUUUGAUGGUUUCCUGAUGUACCUGAACUCGUCAGAGGGCUCCAUUUCCAACCCUACCAUGGUGGAUCUCUACCGGGACAUGACUCAGCCUCUCUGUAAUUACUUCAUAUCGUCUUCUCAUAACACGUACCUUCUGGAGGACCAAAUCAGAGGACACAGCAGUGUGGAAGGCUAUAUACGAGCACUGAAACGUGGCUGUCGAUGUGUAGAAGUGGACUGCUGGGAUGGACCAAAUGGAGAACCAAUCGUCUACCAUGGACACACGUUUACCUCCAAGAUCUUCUUCAAGGAUGUUGUCACUGUGCUGGGCAACUAUGCAUUUAAAGCAUCGCAGUACCCUGUCAUCCUGUCCAUUGAGAACCACUGCAGUAUAGAGCAGCAGAAAGUCAUGGCCCAACACCUCACCCAGAUCCUGGGAGACAAGCUGCUGAAAAGCCCUUUAGAUGGAAAGAUUCCCAUCGGCCUCCCGUCUCCUGAGGACCUGAAAGGGAAGAUUCUGUUGAAAGGAAAGAAGAUAGGUGGAUUAGAGAAUAGCAUGAAUGGGGUGGUGGAUGACCCUUUGAUGGGAGAGGUGAGCGACGAAGAGGAGACUGCUGAAAUUGACGAUGACCAUCAUCGCAAUGACAGCAUACGGCGUAGAGUCAAGUGGUGUACCCAAGUCAGUAAAGAGUUUGAAACCCAGCAAAGGUGUUCAUCAGAGCUCUGCGGUGCUGUGUCCUCAAAAAUCCAAGCAGCGUUCAACCCACAGGACAUGUGGAACGCAGGGUGCCAAAUUGUUGCUCUGAACUUUCAGACCGCAGGGGUUGAGAUGGAUCUGAAUGAUGGCUUAUUCAGUCAGAACGGACAUUGUGGCUACGUACUGAAACCAACAUUCAUGUGCAACACUGAUGAGCGGUUUGACCCAGAAAACCCUCAAAACCGAGACGGUUACAAGCCGCUUAGCCUGUCUGUACAGGUAAUCAGCGGCCAACAGCUUCCCAAGGUAAACAUCAAGGAAGGCUCAAUCAUUGAUCCCCUCGUUCGGGUGGAAAUUCACGGCAUACCACUGGACCAGGCCAAGCAGGAAACCAGAUACAUUGACAACAAUGGUUUUAACCCAGUAUGGUACGAUACGCUUCAGUUCACAAUUCAUGUCCCUGAAUUGGCACUGGUACGGUUUGUCGUGGAGGACUAUGAUAAAACAUCAAAGAACGACUUUGUGGGACAGUUCACUCUCCCUUUCACCUGUAUUCAACCAGGAUAUCGUCACAUUCAUCUCCUGUCUAAGGACGGCAAUUUGAAAAAUAAUCAAAAUCCUGAUCCAUACUUUAUUCCAGUCGGUGGCGUUAAUGGACCAGUCAGUUAG